AUGAUAAGACUUUUUGUGAUAUCAAUAUUUAUCAGAAUUUGGACUAAAUUGGGGAAUCUUGGACUAGAGGCGGCAGUAACCUUAUCUAAUAUGACUUUAACAGAAGAGUGUUAUGCUGUUACUGAGAAUAAAAAUCCUCGUGGUCCAUUAGUGCCAUGUAGUUUUUUAGAUACAAGAUUUGUUGAAUGCCUAAGAUUGAUUUCUAAAAAUCAAACUAAGGAUGCGCUUUGUAAAAAAGAUUCUAAAAAUGGAGGGAUGGCUAAGGUAAAUGUAACAUGUUCUGUACUACCAUGCAUAGAAUGUUCUGGAAGUCGUGAAUUUGUUAGAGAAGUCUCUUGUGUUGCUUAUAGUGGACAUUAUUUCUUAACAACACUGUUGUACUCUGUCUUCUUAGGUUUUUUUGGAGUUGAUCGAUUUUGUCUGGGGUACUCAACGGCUGGUGUUGGAAAAUUAAUAAGUUUUGGUGGUUUAGGAAUAUGGUGGCUUAUAGAUAUAUACCUUCUUGUCAGUGGAAACUUAAUGCCUGCAGACGGAAUGAAAUAA